AUGCCUCCUAGGAAGAAGCACAAGGGUGCGCCGCCGGUGUGCGCCACCGACCACAUCGGCACCCUCCCCGACCAUAUGCUCCACCACCUGCUCUCUUUCCUACCAGCGCAGGCGGCUGUGCGGACGUGCGUGCUCACCCGCCGUUGGCGCGACCUUUGGAGGUCCGCCACAGGCCUGCGCAUUGUCGGCCUCGACGACGACGAGAUGCCUGUCCAAGCCCAAGACCUCCGUAAGUUCGUGGACUAUCUGCUGGUCCUGCGUGAGCGCACGGACCUAGACACUGUUGAGAUCAGAUUCGACACUUUCCUGGAAGAGGACAUACCCUAUGUGAACCUAUGGGUUCGUUCUGCUGUGAUGUGCAAAGUUCGGGUACUCACCCUCCAUGUCUGUGGCGACAUCGAAUACCUCUGCCUAGAUGACCUGCGUCUUGUCUCUCAGCAUGUGAGAACGCUGGACCUUCAGGGUGUAGCCCUACACAACACAUUCCUUGAUUUUGCUAGGUGUCCAGCACUGGAGGAUCUGAAGAUGGUUAAUUGCCUCAUCAAUGCCAAUAAGAUAUCGUCUCGUUCGCUGAAGCAUUUAAGCAUCACCGAUUGCCGCUCUGAUUUGGAUUGCCGGAUCUGUGUUUCUGCUCCGGGCCUUAUCUCUCUGGAACUAGAUGCGUUUGAUGGUUCAACCCCUUUUCUUCAAAACAUGGCGUUGCUAGAGACUGCAUUUGUCUACAUAGGCAAGGACUGCCACGAUGUCUGUUUGAAUUAUGAAUCUGGUGUUUUCUGUGGAGCUAAUGAUACUACAUGUAAGAAUUGUGUUCCUAUUAGCGACGAUUGCAACAGCGGUUGUGUGCUUCUAGGUGGUAUCUCAAGUGCUAAACACCUCAAGUUGACAUCUGCAAUUGGAAAGGUAUUGCCACUUGAAAAACUUGUCUUUACCUCCUCAAGUUGACAUCUUAAGUUUUUUUCAGGUUACCAAAAAGGGUUCUGACAUGGUGCUAGCUGAUGACAAUUUCAGUACCAUAGUUGUUGCAGUUGGUGAAGAUCUACUUACAAAAAAAAUGAAAGCUCAAAGCUUUCAUAAGGUUUGCGCACUAAGAGCAGUGCUCCCUCUUCUCAUUGGCAGUUUUGUG